UCUUCCUUCCAUCUGUUUCUGCGGCCAGGCGUUGAUGCUCUCUCCUCAACGUGUCGUUGCGGCUAGCCGUUGUUACUCUCAUAGACCGUAGCGGCCAGCUCUCACGCAUGGCGGCAUCGCAACAAGCAGCAAUGCAACAAGCAGCAUCGGCAAUGUCACUAAAUUCCUCCCCCGGCUUAGGGUCGGGCGAUCUAAGUUUCGCAGCUUCGUUUAGAGAUUCCCGCAAGUUAAGAAGCAACAGCGGUCUAAGUUUCCCGCAACGCGAAAAUACUUCUCCGUGGUCUCUAGUUCGUUCUCCUGCGUCAAGCUUCAGCCAAUCAGCUUCUGCCACGCAGACACGAGCAGGUGGCUAUAGGGAGUCAGCUUCGCGCCAUCUUCCACAUUCACGGCCGUCAAAUCCGCUCUUAGUCACACCCGAGGGUCAGCAGCGAGGGAAUCCGCGGCACUCUCGUUAUAGCAUCGUCGCUGCGGCUGCUGGCGCUGGUUCGACGAAAGCUGCUGCGAAGGACGAAGGAGGGGAGGAGGAUUUGAAGCAGGCUCACAAACUGUUUGACCAGGUGGUGAUAUUCGUGAAGGCAGGGGAUGGUGGCAACGGCGCCGUGCUGCACCCUCCAAGACCGUGGAAGGCAGGAGAAACGCCGGGGCUGAAGGGAGGCAAGCUGAACGCCAGAGAGGCGGAGGAACUGAGGAGGAAGCUUCGCAGGAAGGAAACCGAGAAGGCUAAGGCGAUGAAGAGGGUAGGGAGCUUCAAGAGGGACGCGGACGGGCUGGCGAUUGUACCAAUGGGCGGGCACGGGGGGGACAUUGUGAUCUAUGCGGACCCCACCCUCUCCACGCUGCUGCCGCUGCACCGCAAGAAGCGCCACGUGGCAAGGAGUGGGGGGCACGUGGACGCCAAGGGAGGGCUGGCGAGGCGCGUGCCUGACGGAUUGCAGGGCCCUGUGUUGCGGAUAGGCGUGCCUGUGGGCACAGUGGUGAAGCGCAAGAGGGGCGGCAAGUUCCUGGCGGAUCUGGCAAGCCCAGGGGAUGAGGUGGUGGUGGCGCGAGGGGGCAGAGGAGGGAUCAGCGUGUAUGAAGUCCCUUCGUCCAACAAGGCGCAUCUCCGCCCCGUCAAGGCGCCAGCAGGAACUACUGUGAUGACUGCUCCUGAAGAUAAGCAACUGACAUACGGCUUGCAAGGCGAGGAGGCAGCAUUAGAGCUGACACUCAGAGUGGUGGCUGAUGUGGGGCUCGUGGGGGUUCGAGGUACUGGCGGGGGGGGGGGGGGGGGGGGGGGGGGGGGGGGGGGGGGGGGGCGGGUGGGGAGGAGGAGGGGGUUCGAG